AUGGCGAGCUCCCCUCCAGCUUCGUUUCCUGCAAGCCUCCCAAACCCCAAGAAGCGCGCCUCGAUGAGCUCUCAGACUUCCGCGCAAGGCACAUCAAAGAGACCCAAGUUGCAUCCUCUCCGGCAAACCUCAUUUCCCGCCCAAGAUGCGAGCGGACGCUAUGGGUCCGCAGUCACAAGCGCCCGGUCUGAGACCGGCAGUGUCGCCAACAGUCUGCUUUCCGGACUGAGCGGCAAAGUGAAAGGUCGUGGAAGGGGAAGGCCACGGAAGUCGGCUCAACUUGAUCUGGACGAAGUACGCUCUACCCACCAGAUUCCUGGCGAUACGACAAGCCAGGUCGAUGGCAGUGAAAGGGCAGCACAUCGCGGGACGAAAUCAGUGGUCAGUGCAAGGUCAGGCGCAGCUGAACAGGAAGAGGAUGACGAUGGUGACAUUGAUGAAUUGGUUGAGAACAUGGACGAACAGGAAAGGCGGCAAGCCGAAGAAGAAGAAAUUCGUCAGGAGCAGCGUCGGGAACGGCUCGCCGACACUCUUGACCCGGAUCAAUAUGCAAGGUACAACCAGUGGCGGGCGCUCUCGCUUAACAACUCGACUGUAAAACGACUUGUCAACUCCAUCGUGUCCCAGUCGGUGACGACGGCCCCUCUCCAAGCGAUCAGGAUCUACGGGAAGUGGUUCGUCGGCGAGAUUGUAGAGAGAGCACGUGAGGUACAGAUUGAGUGGGCGAGGGCAUACGAGGAUACGAGAACGGAGGAGCGAGAACGACGAGAAAAGGAAUUGCAGGUCUUGGAGGAGAAGCGUAGGGAAGCCAACGACGCCGACCCGCAGUCCCGAUCGAUCGCCAGGGACAUCGAGCGAUUGAAACGGGAAGUCAAGGAAUACAUUCCUAAUCCCCACAAGGGAGGUCUAUUACCGGAUCACCUCCGAGAAGCUUUACGCAGGUACAAGAAUGACGGCGAAGGCGGCGGUGUAGGGUUUCAAGGCCUUAGCCAUGGCUUAUUGGGGGUAACCGGGCCUGCUGCUUGGAGAGUCGGGGACGGUGCUUCUGGGAGGCGACUGUUCAGAUGA